CUCGAUACCAAGUAAAAUUCCUAUAUAUAUAUAGAACAUAGCUCUCACACGGCUUCUCUGAAUAACACAGAUUGGUAUUAGGGUUCUUUUCAAGAUUUGGCUUUGGGUACAUGAAUCAUGGCUAAAGCUUUAGUUCAGUCAAUAAGCAUUCCAUCUUCAGUUGCCGGUGGUGAAAGGGAUGGACAAUUCAAUGGAUCCUGGAAAAAUCAAACAAGUGUUAGAAUGAACAGUUUUGUAGGACUGCGAGGGGGCAAUGCAUUACUUGUAAAAUCUGGAGAAACUCUCCAUUCAAAAGUGGUUGUGAAACGGCAACAAGGGUGUCGAAUUGUCUCAGAAGCAAAGUAUGAGAUCACCACUACGAAAGUAGUAAAAGUUCUUAUGCUUGCACAAGAAGAGUGUAGACGACUAGGUCACAAUUUAAUUGGAACAGAACAAAUUCUGUUGGGUCUUAUUGGUGAGGAAACUGGUACUGCUGCUAAGGUUCUUAAAUCCAUGGGAAUUAAUUUGAAAGAUGCUCGUAUCGAAGUAGAGAAGAUUAUUGGCAAGGGUAGUGGAUCCGUUGCAGUGAGAAUUCCUUAUAGUUGUCGUGCAAAGCGUGUUCUCGAACUCUCGAGAGAGGAAGCCCACCAACUAGGGCGUAAUUGCAUUGACACAGAACACUUGUUACUUGGAUUGUUGCGCGGUGGUGAAAGUGUGGCUACCCGUGUUCUUCAAAACUUGGGUGCUGACCCCAAUAACAUUUACCUAAAGGCAAGUAAUUUUACUUUUCUCAAACUGGUUUGA